GGGCAAAGUCUCCCGGGGAGAAGUCCCGCUAUGAAACCUCACUGAACCUCACCACCAAGCGCUUCCUGGAGCUGCUGAGCCAGUCGCCCGAUGGCGUGGUGGACCUUAACUGGGCAGCCGAGGUCCUGAAGGUGCAGAAGAGGCGCAUCUAUGACAUCACCAAUGUCCUGGAGGGCAUCCAGCUCAUCACCAAGAAGUCCAAGAACAACAUCCAGUGGCUGUAUGUCCCUGGGCUGGGCUUGUGGGGCUGUGGCUGGCUACUUAGUGGGACGAGGGAGCUGCCUGGGCCAGGCUCGGGGCAGAACAGUGUCAUAGGAGCAUCUGCUCCAGUGUUGAGAGGUGCUUCCCCCUUCAUGUGGUCCACAGCCCCGGCCUAUGUGACCUGCCAGGAUCUCCGCAGCAUUGUAGACCCCUCAGAGCAAAUGGUGAUGGUUAUCAAAGCCCCCCCAGAGACCCAGCUGCAGGUCUCGGACCCAGCAGAGGCCUUCCAGGUCUCUGUGCGAAGCACUCAGGGCCCCAUCGACGUCUUCCUCUGCCCAGAGGACAGCUCAGGGGUCUGUAGCCCUGUCAAGAGCCCCUUCAAAGCCCCUGCAGAGGAGUUGUCCCCUAACCGUUUGCAGCCCAGAGCCUCCCCGCUCCUGCAUCCCACCCAGGACGUGAACAUGUCACUGCUGCCCGGAGAGCAAGAGACGCUGCUGCCAGGGACGAGCGUACUGCCCAGCAAGUGCCCGGCAGAGGAGGUGAGCCUCUCGCCGCUGGCCUCCAUGGACGCCCUCCUGGAGCAGAGCAGGGAGGAUUUUUCGGGUUUCUUGGCGGACGAGUUCAUCAACCUGUCGCCGCCACAGGCGCAGGACUACCACUUCGGCCUGGAGGAGGGUGAGGGCAUCAGUGAACUCUUCGACUGUGACUUCGGGGACUUCACACCUUUGGACUUCUGA